GAAAGGCGGGCGGAGAGCUCGGCCUAAGAGGCGGAGCCCGCGACGGGCGGUCACGGCCACCUCCUCGGACCGGGGAGAACCUCGCUAGAGGGCUGUCCGUCUCCCAGGACGCGAUCCCGCUCAUCCGUUAUCUGCACAAUGGCUGAUAAUUUGGAUAAAUUUAUUGAAGAGUGCAAAGCCAAAUUGGCCAAAGACAAAGCAGAAUUGGAAAGUGAUCCACCUUACAUGGAAAUGAAGGGAAAAGCAUCAGAGAAACUUUCUGAAAACAGUAAAAUAUUAAUCUCCAUGGCUAAGGAAAACAUACCACCAAACAGUCAACAGACCAGGGAUUCCUUAGGACUUGAUUAUGGAUUGAGUUUACCACUUGGGGAAGACUAUGAACGGAAAAAACAUAAACUAAAAGAAGAAUUGCGGCAAGAUUACAGACGCUAUCUAACUCAGGGUAUUACAGAAGCAAAGAGAAAGAAAAAUUUUCUAUCCACGAGUGAAACAGAUCCAUCUACUCUGGGAGUUUCUCUUCCUAUUGGUGACAGGUUAUCUGCCAAGGAAAGAUUGAAACUUGAACGCAACAAAGAAUACAAUCAAUUUCUCAGGGGUAAGGAAGAAUCCACUGAAAAAUUCAGACAGAUAGAAAAGAGUACUGAGCACAAAAGUCAAAGAAAUAAAAAACCUAUUAGUCAGGUUAAACCUGAUUUACCUUCACAAAUACAAACAUCUUACCAGGAUUCAGAGGGUCCUGGGAGAGACAUUUUAACUCCUUCAGACACAUAUGAAGAGCUUUUAAACCAAAGACGACUAGAGGAGGACAGAUACCGACACCUCGAUGAUGAAAUUGAAUUAAGGAAUAGAAGAAUCAUUAAAAAAAGGAAUGAAGAAGUGGAUAUUUCCAAUAAAAAACAUCAAAGGUAUGCCGGCAAGGUGGACAUUCCAGACAGAAGAUUUGACAGAUUCCAUGACUAUCGCGUCUUGGACAGACGAUAUCAUAGACCAGACCAAGAUCCUGAAGUAAGUGAAGAAAUGGACGAGAGGUUUAGAUAUGAAAGUGAUUUUGAUAGAAGACCUUUGAGAGUAUAUACAAAUGACAGGAUGUACGGGAACAGACAAGGGAAUGUGCUUCCUAUGGAGUAUGGUGGCGAUGUCACAGAACAGUCAAACAUACGAAUUUCAUCUGCUGGAAAUGCAAGUGCUCGAAACAAUGAAGCAUCCAGAUCUACCCAAGAGAUCUGUAGUCCCUUUGCGGGGAUGCUCUUUGGAGGUGAAGAUCGAGAACUUAUUCAGAGAAGGAAAGAAAAAUAUAGACAAGAACUGUUGGAACAAAUGGCUGAACAACAGAAGAACAAGAGACGAGAAAAAGACUUGGAACUCAUGGUUGCAGCUUCUGGAGCCCAAGACCCUGAGAAGUCGCCUGAUAGACUAAAGCAGUUUAGUGUGGCACCAAGACACCUUGAAGAGAAGAUCCCACCUGAAAGACCCAGAGUAGCUUUCCAGACCCCUCUCCCUCCUUUAUCUGCACCCCCUGCCCCACCCAUCCCACCAGUUCACUCCAUCCCAUCGCAAAGCGAAGAUCUGCACAAUGGACUCGGCAGUACCCUUGGUGAAAUGGUGCCUCCCAGGAUUGUACCUCUGCCUCCACCUCCCCUACUACCACCUUUGGCUACUAACUAUCGAACUCCUUAUGAUGAUGCAUACUAUUUUUAUGGAGCCAGGAAUACUAUGGAUCCUAGUCUUGCUUAUUAUGGUUCAGGAAUGAUGGGAGUGCAGCCUGCGGCUCACGUUAGCGUUCCUGUCACCCACCGGCCAGUGCAUCCUGCUGUGAACACAGUUGGACAGAAUGAAUGGAAAAUUACAAGUGAUCAAGCAAUAAAAUCAGGAUUGUUUUUUGAAGAUAAACCGAAGCCUUCAAAGCAGUCACUUCAGUCUUACCAAGAAGCUUUGCAGCAGCAGAUUCGGGAAAGAGAAGAAAGAAGGAAGAAAGAACGUGAAGAGAAGGAAGAAUAUGAAGCUAAACUAGAGGCUGAGAUGAGAAGUUACAACCCCUGGGGGAAAGGUGGAGGUGGUGCUCCUCUCAGGGACACUGAGGGAAACCUGAUAACUGAUUUGAAUAGGAUGCACAGACAAAAUAUAGAUGCCUACCAUAACCCAGAUGCAAGACCAUAUGAAGAUAAAAGGGCUGUUGUAUCACUAGAACAAAGUUUAGCCACUUCAAAUGCUGAGAACCUAGAAGAUUCUGCAAAUAAAAACUCAGGUCAUAUGCAAACACACAGCUCUCCUUUUGCUCGAGGAAAUGUAUUUGGUGAGCCUCCAACUGAACUUCAGAUUAAACAGCAAGAAUUAUACAAGAAUUUUCUUCGGUUUCAGAUUGAGGAGAAGAAACAAAGAGAGGAAGCAGAGCGUGAAAGACUGAGGAUUGUAGAAGAAAAAGAAGAAAAACGGCUCGCAGAACAGAGGGCGCGGAUCCAGCAAGAGUAUGAAGAGGAACAGGAAAAGAAAAGGGAGAAAGAGGAGGAGCAAAGACUAAAAAACGAAGAGCUUAUUCGGUUAGCUGAAGAAAGACGAAAAGAAGCAGAAAAAAAGAAGAAAGAGGAAGAAGAAAAACAUAACCAACAACUUCAGCACUACUAUGAAAGAGAAAAUAUAAUUGGGGAAGAAACAAAGCGUGUGAGGCAGCCUUCUCCUGUGGUUCCUGCCCUGCAGAACAAAAUUGCAAGGAAACUCCAAAGACCUCCUUCAGUUGAGAGCAUUAUAAGUUCUUUUAUUCAAGAACGUUCCGUGUCCCGGGCACAGUCGCCUCCGGUACCUGCCAGAAAAAAUCAGCUCCGUGCAGAAGAAGAGAAAAAGAAUGUAAUUAUGGAAUUAUCAGAAAUGAGAAAACAGCUUCGUAGUGAAGAGCGGCGUCUGCAGGGGAGGUUGUUACACAUGGACAGUGAUGAUGAAAUUCAUAUAAAGAAAAGAGAAAGGAACCCCAUGGAUAUAUUUGACAUGGCCCGACAUCGGUUGCAGGCUCCUGUCAGAAGACAGUCCCCGAAGGGCCUGGACCCCGCCACUUUUCAAAAUAUCCAUGACUUUAAUGAGCUGAAAGACAGAGAUUCAGAAACACGAGUUGAUCUGAAAUUUAUGUAUCCAGAUCCUCCAAGAGAUCAUUACACCUUAGAGAUUCAGCAGCAAGCCCUGCUGAGAGCGCAGCAGAAGAGACUGAAUAGACUAAAGAUGCAGGAAGGUGCCAAAGUGGACUUGGAUGCCAUCCCCAACACUAAAGCCCGAGAGCACAGAAUGCCCAGAGAUGACACUAAUGAUUUCUUGAAAAAUUCAUUAUUGGAAUCUGAUAGUGCUUUUAUUGGUGCUUACGGAGAGACCUACCCUGUCUUUGAAGAGGAUGCUGCCCUUCCACCGUCGCAGCCGCCCUCUGCAAGGGAGCGCAGGAGGAGCAAAUUGGAAGGGCUGGCCGUUGAUAACAGUCGUCCUAAUAUGCUACCAGACAGUCUCUCUUUAAAAUCUGAAUCCAGUGUAAACAUUGAUCAGAUUAGAAUGAGAAAUGAGGAACGAAUGCGAAGACUGAAUGAACUUCAGAAUAAACCUGUUAAUACAGAUGACGAGAGUUCACUGGUUGACCCUGAUGAUAUCAUGAAGCACAUGGGUGAUGAUGGAUCAAGCUCUGUAGCAACUGAACCCUGGCUCCGCCCAGGCACCUCAGAAACGCUGAAACGAUUCAUGGCAGAGCAGCUGGACCAAGAGCAGCAGCAGGUUCCUGGAAAACCAGGCACUUUCAAUUGGCAGGGCCUGUCUACUGCACAUGGUUAAAAUAAAUCUUUAUUGGGCUCAGCAGUGCCUUUUAAGGUGAAAGGAAUGUUUACUCUGAACCUUUAAUAUUAUGUGCUACUUUGACACCUACCUGAAAGUUAUUUAUGUUCCAUGUAUAAAGUGUAUUUUUUCCACUUUGAUGUAUAUAAUGUACCUUAUGUACAUAAAUAAAAAGCCAUGGUUAAUUUAUAUACAAUGUAGAAUUGUAUAGAAUUAUUUUUUGCACAUUUUUGCCAUAAAUCAGGGUGGUAAUGAACUAAUGUUAUGUGCAUUAUUGUAAAUUGUCAGCAAGAUGGAAAAAACACAAGUAUCUCAACAGUCCUUUAAAACCAGAAAACCUAUUAUGUAUUUGUUAUUGCUAUUGAAAAUAAUUCAUUAGUAAAUAUAUUGGCUGUAGCUGUGACUAUUCCAGCUGCUACAUAAUGAAUCAAAUU